CUUCAAAAGCUCAUGAUAACACUCCAAGGCUAGGAAGUUUACUUCGAAGCCGAGAACACAACAACAUACCAACAUGUCAAGUCCACCGGCUGCAUCAGAUAGUAUAAUCAUCCAUACGCCUGGCUCGGACCAUCCCUCGCUGGCAGAUGGGCCUACCGGAUUCGAUAGGACAUGGUUCAUGGGUCAAUGGAGAGUCGAGUGGAGCACAUUGCCCAUGUGGAAGGAUAAACGAGAUGUGGUUAUCGAGUAUGAGCCAGUAGCUUCUGGAUCCAAGAUCAACACGACGUUUCAGAGCGUUGUCAAGUAUCACAAGAAGACAGCGGGAGAAGAUAGCUCACCGAGUACAGUCAAGGGUACGGAGACUUUGUCGACAGGAGCCAAUGGCGCCACGUUCGACUGGAAAGGCUCAGGCAUGUUGUUUUUUGUCCAUUCUCACUGGGAAGUCCUUGGAUACGGAACAGAUCCGGAUUCAGGUCUAGAAUGGGCAGUAACGUACUUCUCCAAGACGCUAUUCACACCCGCCGGUAUAGAUAUCUAUAUCCGACGCAAGAGCGAUACGGACGCUACGGACGUGCCUCCGGAGAAGAACACUCAAUUAAGGAACAUGAUCGUCCAGGCGAUUCAGGCAAACAAUCAUGAGGCGAUCACCAAGCUCGCCAAGGAUGGAUUUGAUGUACCUGGAAAGGGUGUCUGACCUGGCGAUCUCACUCCAUCGGCUUAAGCUCGGGCACCGGGGGACGAUUCCCGAAGUUUCUCAGUUCCUGACACUGUAUCGAACUGGCUCCUCUCCACAUGUAUCAUACCUCAUGCGCUGGUUCUGAGGCGCCAACUUGUGUGACACUUGGUUCGUUGCUCGCCUGGGCCACAUGGUGACCUACCUGUCUUGGCAUUCGAAUGCUCGAUGAAUUCCAGAUCACAACCGAGGAU